AUGAAGUCAGAAGACCCAAGCAUCGACAAGGCCCUUGGCCAGCUAGGUCAUGAUCAGGAUGAGCUUGACUUGGCCAUCCUGGGCCAUGCCCAGGUUCUGACCCGCAAGUUCAACAUCUGGAGCAUGCUUUCUCUGAGCUUCUGCGUCUUGGGCACCUGGUCCACAUUUGCCCAAGGUUUCUCUAAUGGCCUUACCAACGGCGGGCCGGUUGCAAUCCUCUGGGGACUCGUCCUUGUCCUCUUUUGCAAUAUCUGCGUGGCUGUCUCCCUCGGCGAACUCUGCAGCGCCAUGCCGACCACCUUGGGCCAGGCGUUCUGGAUAACCAGCUUAUGGCCUACUAAGCUAGGCCGAUACACAAGCUAUAUGUGUGCAUGGAUCAACACGUUCGGCUGGUGGACGUUGUCUGCGUCACAAAUUGCCUUCAUGACUGAUUUCAUACUCGGCAUGAAGCUCAUGUUUGACCCUGAGUGGGCAGGUGGGGGUGAGGGAUGGGUACAGUUCCUACUCUAUAUUGGCCUCACCUGGUUCAUGACCUUGAUCAACGUUGUGUCAUGCCGCAAUGACAAGGUCUUACCCAUGUUCAACAACGUAAUCGGGAUCACUUUUGUUGGGCUGUUCUUUGUCGCCAUUCUGGCGCUACUUAUAGCAAUCGGCAUGAAGCCUGAUCUUCAUUUCCAGCCUCCAACUUUCGUGUUCGGAGCCUGGAUCAAUCAAACGGGUUGGACCGACGGCGUCACUUGGUUCAUGGGACUUCUGCAGUCCGCAUACGGCCUGACUGCUUUCGACUCAGCCAUUCAUAUGAUCGAAGAGAUCCCGCACCCUCGCACCAACAUUCCACGAAUUAUCUGGCUGUCUGUUGUUUGCGGAGCGUUUAGUGGCUUCAUUUUCAUGAUUGUUUGCUUGUUCUGCAUCCAGUCCUUGGACGAUGUACUCAACCCCGUAACAGGCCUGCCUUUCAUGGACCUCAUGUGGACCACUGUGGGAUUGAACGGCGGUUGUGUACUGCUUUCACUCUUCAUAUUCAACGGCAUCGGCCAGGGCGUCAGUAUUAUAACGGCUGCCUCGCGACUCACCUGGGGUUUCGCACGAGACGGCGGCCUCCCUUGGAGCGGCUAUCUUGCACAGGUUAACGACAUCUGGAAGGUACCCAUACGUGCGACCGUGGUGCAAGGGAUUGUGAUCAGCCUUGUCGGUGUGCUUUAUCUCUUUGCAGAUACGGUUCUCGAGGCCAUUUUGAGUGUUAGCACGAUUGCUCUCACCAUUUCGUACGCAAUGCCGAUUAUCUCGCUACUAUAUGUUGGGAGGGACAAGCUGUCGUCAGGACCAUUCAAACUAGGCAGAGUUGGUCCAGCUGCGAACUGGGUUGCCGUCGUCUAUUGCAGCAUCACAACCGUUUUCUUUUUCUUUCCUGGGGCCCCUGCACCGGCUCCAAGCGAUAUGAACUAUGCGAUAGCCGUGUUUGGCGUUAUGUUGACGGUUUCCACGGUCUUUUGGUUCCUAAAAGGCCAGUUCGGGUAUUCACAGGCAGAAACCUUUGAGGGCCAUGCACCUGUCUUGAGAGAAGUUGCGGCUAGGGAAAAUACGACUGUGGAGCCUCGACCAAAGGAGUGA